AUGGGCGGGCAGCUCUGCAGCACGUGGUGCUUACCGAGCUUUGACACGUGGCCUCAAGCAGUCACUGACAUCCUCGGCAGAGGCCGUGGUUGCGACCGACAGCUUCCCAGCAAAAGCGCUGUGGUUUGCGUCAGCAUGCUGCAGCUCAUGACCAGGGCGACGGUGGCUGCAGUGCAACGGAACACCUCAGUGGUAGCUUGGACGGCCUUUGAUCUCAACAUCCUGGACAUGGCGGCAUGGGGCGACAGCCAUGCAGCAGCUCUGGGGUUGGUCAACAGCAUGGAUGUUAUCUUCCCAACGGCUUGGGAAAGCCACGACAGAACCCAGGAAAUGAUUUUCUUCAGAUGGAACAUUCUGGAGCUGCUAGGUGCCUGGAUGGACUUUGGAUGGCGGUGGAUUGACCACCUGCCGACAUUCACCUCCCGUCUGGUCUGGCAGUUUUAUUGCUGCUCGCUUCCUAUACGCGUGUACAUUCUGGGCAUCCACCGGAUCUUGUGGCCGAUGCUGUACGGGGGCCUCGCGAAGAAGUAUGAGGUCGCAGAGCCAUACCGACAGAUUCUGGUGCCUGAUACAGACCUCCCCCGAAUCAGCACGCAUGCUUUGGUCAGGCGGGUGUCGCUGCUGCAGUCUUUGAGCGCUUGUGACAGAGAAUGUUUUUUGGACUUGUCUUGUGCUUUUGCUGCCCUGGCGCUGCAAGCGGGUCAGAGGAAGCAAGAAGCCGAUAUGUACCGAUAUCUGUGCGAAGUUCAAGCGAUGCUUCAGUCAGCUUUCUGCGAGACCCUGCACGACUGCAUGCGCACGCAUCCGGCAGCAGAGCUUCUGCGUACAGCCGGUGGCUUCUUGCACUUGAUAGCUGAGCUGCCUCUGGUCAACAUCAGACAAGUGCAGCUCUUAAUCGACAGCACCGAAGCGAUGCGGAGCACUGAGUUUGAGCAACUUCCCAUAGCCACACCGCAGACGAGUAACGAGCACCCCAAACCUGUUGUGCCAAGCCCUACCGACGAGGUUGAGGCCGAGUGUAUAGACAAGAAAGACAUGAGCCCAGUAAGUCCCGCGAGAAUCUUGAAGCUCUACAACAUGCUGAAUACAGUAGGCCAAGUCCUUUCCAAGUUUGGUGUGCAGUGGUUUGUAUCACACGGCACGCUUCUGGGCGCAGUCCGGCAUGGAGGGCAGAUCCCACAUGACUGUGAUCUGGAUUUGUCUAUGUUCUCCUGGGAUAUUCACAAGUUGCGCAACGCAUCUUUGAUGCUGGCUCUGCAGCGGAACGGCUACUUCAUGGAUUAUUUGCCUGUGCAGCACUUAAUCACCAUCUGGCGCAAUGUGAGGCACUCGGAGAUCGCGACUCGUGGUGUGCGUGCUGUCAACCAAUUCAACAUAUACACUCCUAUGUUGCACAUCUUUGUGCUCUUCGACUUUCAGGAAGCAGGACAGUGGCAGUAUGAUACUGACAGGCUGAAACACGCUGGCUGGCAAAUGUCGCAGCAGGACUUGCUUCCCUUGAAGUCGCACUCCUUCGGGGAGUUUCUUGUUCCAGUCCCAGCACGACCAGAAAUCUAUUUGGACAAAAUGUAUGGCCCGGAUUGGCGAUCUACUGUCCGCUCCAUGACAGCUCUGAAGGCUUAUGACUAUUAUCCGCCAACGGCACUGACAAGCGCCGGCCCGGCCCAGCCGACGGGGCCAUUGGAAAGCGUUCUAGACUGA